AUGUCACCGACCGAUAUAAUAAGGAAACUCAUCUCUUCCUUCAGCACCUUUAUGACACUAUUGUGUUCCGUGGUGAGCUCUGAAACUGCUCCUCCUGCUCAAAAUGGUUAUGUCAUGAUCAAAUUAAUAUCCGGAAUUCAAAAACUUGCUAAAGGGAGACUUCAACCACUGCUGGCAAGGAAGGUAGUGAAGCUAGUCAAUGAUGUGCAUUUACUGGCAUCCAAUUCAGCAACAGAAUCUACCACUUACGCGACUAAUCCACAACACAACACACAAAAUCCUAAUUCCACCACAACAAAAGUUGGAGAUAAGAUUGACUGA